AUGGACGACCUGUCAAUCUGCAGCGCCGGCAGUGACGACAACUCUGAUGACGACUCGGACCACGAUGAGGGCGAUGAUGAAGAUGAAGAUGAGGACGAGGAGGAGGACGAACAGAUCAAGGACAGCGACUACGAGAGCUCCGAUCAAGAGGACAGCGAAGAGGACAGAAGAUGCGGCGACCGGGCUGUUGGGGCCGGAGGCGAAGAGCCGGUUCAACAACGCAAACCAAGCCACAACACAGGUAGAGCCGGUGGUGGCCAAGAAGCCAAAGAUGAUCACCUGGUGGCCACAUCGGUGGCCUCGGCCACCGCCGCCCUCGCCAGCUGUAGCCUCGAGGACGGCGGCGGAGGAGAACCGGUAUCACCAAAUCACAAGAACACCAACAACAACCGCAGCAUCGAUGGCAGCAGCAGCAGCAAACUGCAGAAG